AUGCAUGAAGAUUGGCUUAAAGGUAUUGACAAAUCUUUAAAAAAUCACAGUCAGUCUAUUGCUGACUACAAGAAAAGUAUAGAUUUUUUACAUAGUGCUAUGGACGUACAUGAUGGAAGCAUAAGGAACUUACUUAAUGCUAACAAUAACUUACCAGGAACUAUUAAAGCAUUUAUAAAGUCCUUUGUAAAACCCGGUGCUCUAACAUUUAGGUCUUUGAGAGCAAGAGCAUUGAAGUCAAGAGAUGCAGAAACUCCAACAGAAACUCCAGAAGGAACUGAAACAACAGAAACUCCAGAAGAACCACCAAAACCAACAGCUAAUGAAAUAUUGUUCGAAUAUUUUCCAAGGUACUCUGUUCUCAUUGCAUACAUUCAAGAAAUACUUAAGAAAGCAGACUUGACUUUAGGAGAUGAUGAAAGUUCUGUAUAUCUUUCGUUCCAAUUCCAAAUAGCAGAACUUUUGAGACAGAUAUGCUUAAUGUAUGACAACAUCUCUGAUUUCACAAGAUAUGACGACGACCAUGACCCCGAACACGGUGAAGAAGAAGUUUUACAAACAUCCAUUAAGACAGGAAAGGUUUUAACUCAAAGUCUCAUUAUUGACACCAAAGAUGGCGAAGUGGACGUUCUUCAAGAGCUGAAGAAAAAUACUUCUUCGGGAGGUGGUGGUAGGCAUGAACUUGAAAUAAAUGAGAUAGAAGAGAAAUUAGCCGAAAAAGCAGAUAAAGAACAUAAACACAAUAUCUCCGAUAUAAAUGAACUUCAAGCUACAUUAAAUAGUAAAGCGGACAAGAACCAUGUUCAUUAUAUAACUUCAGACGAACAGAUUAUAACGGACUACCAUGGAUAUUUAACACGAAGUGAUGAAGCGAAGACAAAAAAUGUUAAUGAAAGAAGAUAUAAAUACAUUCGUGCUAAAGGUUAUGACAUAA